AUGGAGCUCUCAGAGGUGCGGUGCCUGAGCGACAGCGAUGAACUUUACACCAUCAACAGGACUCCCCCCGGCAGCGGCAGACCCCAGCGCCUGCUGUGGCAGACGGCUGUGCGCCACAUCACCGAGCAGCGCUUCAUCCAGGAACACAGCAGCAGCAGCGGCGGCAGCAGCAGCGGAGGAGGCAAGGGCUUCAGCUCGGACGAGACCUGCUGCCCCAACCACCAUCCGCACCCUCCGCACCACCACCACCUCCGGCGGCAGUCAGCCGGACGGAGUUUGGGCAGCGAGCGCCACAACAACGGAGGCACCAAAGUCUUCCCGGAGGGCACAAGUAGCAGUGGAGACUUGGGCUUUCUGCCCCUGGACUGUGCCCCCAGCAACUCCGACUUCUUCCUCAACUGGGGCUAUACAUACCGUGGGGUCAUCUUCCCCACUCUCCGCAACUCCUUUAAGUCUCGGGACUUGGAGCGCCUUUACCAGCGCUACUUCUUGGGUCAACGGCGCAAAUCCGAAGUGGUCAUGAACAUCCUGGACGUGCUGACCAAGCUGACUCUACUGUUCCUCCACUUGACCCUGGCCUCUGCUCCCAUGGACCCCAUUAAGGGCAUCCUCCUGGGCUUCUUCACUGGCAUUGAGGUGGUGAUCUGUGCCUUAGUGGUGGUCAGGAAGGACACGACCUCGUACACCUACCUGCAGUACAGCGGUGUUGUCACUUGGGUGGCCAUGGCCACACAAAUUCUGGCGGCAGGACUAGGCUGUGGCCUCCUUGGGGAUGGCAUUGGCUAUGUGCUUUUCACGCUUUUUGCCACCUACAGCAUGCUCCCGCUGCCACUCACCUGGGCCAUCCUGGCUGGACUGGUCACCUCUGUCCUGCAGCUCAUCAUGCAACUGGUUAUCCCCAGGUUUGCCGUGACUUCCCUCAACCAGAUUGCAGCUCAGGCAGUGUUGUUUAUGUGUAUGAACACUGCAGGAAUCUUCAUUAGCUACCUAUCAGACAGAGCACAGCGUCAAGCCUUCCUGGAGACCAGAAGAUGUGUGGAAGCCAGACUGAGACUAGAGACAGAAAACCAGCGACAGGAACGGCUGGUGCUCUCUGUGUUACCACGGUUUGUAGUUCUGGAAAUGAUAAAUGAUAUGACCAAUGUAGAAGAUGAACACUUGCAACACCAGUUCCAUAAGAUCUACAUUCAUCGCUAUGAGAAUGUCAGCAUUCUUUUUGCAGAUGUUAAAGGAUUCACCAACCUUUCCACAACUCUGUCAGCCCAGGAGCUGGUCCGAAUGCUGAAUGAACUCUUUGCCAGAUUUGAUCGACUUGCACAUGAACAUCAUUGUCUCAGAAUAAAGAUCCUGGGGGAUUGUUACUACUGUGUGUCGGGGCUCCCAGAACCUCGUCAGGACCAUGCCCACUGCUGCGUAGAAAUGGGGCUCAGCAUGAUCAAAACUAUCAGAUAUGUCAGAUCAAGAACAAAGCAUGAUAUUGACAUGAGAAUAGGGAUUCAUUCCGGAUCGGUUCUGUGUGGAGUGCUGGGCCUGAGAAAGUGGCAGUUUGAUGUCUGGUCAUGGGACGUGGAUAUUGCAAACAAACUUGAGUCGGGUGGAAUUCCAGGGAGGAUUCACAUCUCCAAAGCCACUCUGGACUGCCUGAAUGGGGAUUAUAAAGUUGAAGAAGGGCAUGGCAAAGAGCGCAAUGAAUUCCUGAGGAAACAUAACAUUGAGACUUAUUUAAUUAAACAACCUGAGGAGAGUCUGUUGACUUUACCUGAAGAUAUUGUGAAAGAGGCUGUCAGCUCCUCUGACAGGAGAAACAGCGGAGCUACGUUUACCGAAGGAUCCUGGAGCCCUGAACUUCCAUUUGAUAACAUAGUGGGAAAACAAAACACUCUGGCUGCCCUAACAAGAAAUUCAAUAAAUCUGCUUCCAAACCAUCUUGCACAAGCUUUGCAUGUCCAGUCUGGGCCUGAGGAAAUUAACAAGAGAAUAGAGCACACCAUCGACUUACGGAGUGGCGAUAAAUUGAGAAGAGAGCAUAUCAAGCCUUUUUCACUGAUGUUUAAAGACUCCAGCCUGGAGCAUAAGUAUUCUCAAAUGCGGGAUGAAGUAUUCAAAUCAAACUUGGUGUGUGCAUUUAUUGUCCUUGUAUUUAUCACCGCUAUCCAAAGCUUGCUCCCUUCUUCCAGAGUGAUACCAAUGGUCAUUCAGUUUUCUAUCCUGAUUAUGCUGCACUCCGCCCUUGUGCUGAUAACUACGGCAGAGGAUUACAAAUGUUUACCCUUAAUGCUCCGGAAAACUUGCUGCUGGAUUAACGAGACCUACUUGGCAAGGAAUGUCAUUAUAUUUGCAUCCAUUCUGAUUAAUUUUCUUGGAGCCAUCAUCAAUAUUCUAUGGUGUGAUUUUGACAAACCAAUAGCCCUGAAGAACCAGACCUUCAAUUCUUCUGCUUCUUUUACGGACAUCUGUUCCUGUCCUGAGUAUUUUGUCUUCACUGGUGUGCUGGCCAUGGUGACUUGUGCAGUUUUUCUUCGUCUCAACUCUGUCCUGAAGCUGGCAGUACUUCUCAUCAUGAUUGCAAUUUACUCUCUGCUGACUGAGACCAUCUAUGCUUCCCUUUUUCUGCAAUAUGACAACUUUAACCACAGUGGAGAGUAAGUCACAGACUUCCUGGGUACAAAGGAGGCAUCUUUACUACUGAUGGCAAUGUUCCUUUUAGCUGUGUUUUAUCAUGGUCAACAGCUUGAAUACACAGCAAGGCUGGAUUUUCUGUGGCGUGUUCAAGCAAAAGAAGAAAUCAAUGAAAUGAAGGAGCUACGGGAGCACAAUGAAAACAUGCUACGGAAUAUUUUACCCAGCCAUGUUGCCCGUCACUUCCUGGAGAAGGAUCGGGAUAAUGAAGAAUUAUACUCUCAGUCCUAUGAUGCUGUUGGUGUGAUGUUUGCUUCUAUUCCUGGAUUUGCUGACUUUUAUUCCCAGACUGAGAUGAAUAACCAAGGAGUAGAAUGUCUGCGCUUAUUGAAUGAAAUCAUUGCAGACUUUGAUGAGUUACUAGGUGAAGAGAGAUUUCAAGAUAUUGAAAAAAUUAAAACAAUUGGCAGCACAUACAUGGCUGUGUCAGGACUAUCACCUGAAAAACAGCAAUGUGAAGACAAAUGGGGACAUUUGUGUGCCCUGGCUGACUUCUCCAUAGCUCUGAAUGAAAGCAUACAGGAGAUCAACAAGCACUCGUUCAACAACUUUGAACUCCGUAUUGGGAUUAGCCAUGGCUCUGUUGUAGCAGGAGUUAUCGGUGCUAAGAAACCCCAAUAUGAUAUCUGGGGCAAAACAGUGAAUUUAGCAAGUCGAAUGGACAGCACAGGUGUUAGUGACAGAAUACAAGUGCCUGAAGAAACGUAUCUGAUCCUGAAGGACCGAGGAUUUGCCUUCGACUACCGGGGAGAAAUUUAUGUCAAAGGUAUCAGUGAACAGGAAGGAAAAAUCAAAACAUAUUUUCUUCUAGGAAGAGUUCAACCAAAUCCUCUAAUCCUACAACCAAGAAAACUGACUGGACAGUAUUCAUUAGCAGCUGUUGUAUUAGGACUUGUACAGUCUCUUAACAGGCAGAAACAGAAACAAAUUCUUAAUGAGAACAAUAACUCUGGAAUCAUAAAAGGACAUUACAACCGGAGGACUUUGCUCACUCCCGGUGGAUCUGAGGCAUCAGCCCAAGCAGAGGCGGCUGACAAAACUGAAUUGCCAUAA